AUGUUUGAAAAUUUAAAAAGAAAAUUCCCAAGAUCACCAAUCUACUAUGCCACAUCACUAACUAUACUUUUUGGAUCAUUUUAUUUAAUGGACAAAUAUUUACAAGGAGGAUACUAUCAAUAUAUUAAAUAUCACAACGAAAAAAGAGUCGAAAAGGAAAAAGCUAUUGAUGAUUUAGCAAGAAACAGAAUUAAAAAAAGAAAAGAAGAAAAGGAUAAUCAACCAGAAGAUUCUCAAAACAAAAACAAUUAA